GGGAAGCACAGGUGCAACAGUCAGUAAUUCUGGUGUGACCCUCUCCUAUGGAGCAGCUGACGCCACAGGCUGAGGGUAAUCCCAGCAGCUUAGACGGCCAUCAUAGAGAGAAGCAGUUAAUGGAGGCACGGAAUGAGCAGGAUGAAGAAAUAACAAGUAAAGUGCAGUCUUCAGAAGAAUCUAUGGACAACGUAUUACUUACCAGUGACAAGAACUCUAUUCCAAUGACGUAUCAAGACCAAGCAACUGUUGACACAACAGCUUGUCUGAUGGAAGCAUGCCAGGAUGAAGGUGGAAGAGACACCCUGGAUAAUACAUCAGGACACGAGGAAUCAGAUAAGGAACCUGAAGAUAUUGUCAUUUUGAGUGAAGGGGAGGAAAACUGGGAGGAGACCGAUGCAGAAAGAGACAAAUAUCCACAAGAGACAACUUCAAACAUUAAUUUAAACUCUGAAAAUGAGUCAUUUCUAGAGAAAGAAGUUGACAAAAAGGUAUGUAAAGAUGGCCGUCCCGAUGAGAGAGAUGUCAAACCAUCAAGAGAUCAUCCAGAGAGUGAAAAUGUUGAAUCAAAAUCCUUCACACGACCUGAUGUCAGCUCGAACAAAUUUGAUGCUGAAUCCUCUGAGACCGAGAAGAUCUGCGAAAGCAACCAAACAGUGAUGGGUGAGGCACCAAUUCAGCCAGCGGCGGCUAACCUCUCAGCGGACAUGACCAAUGACAAUGAAGGGCACAUUGACAGCAGCUCCCUGGAUUACAACCAUAAAAGUCCUGAAGAAAUGGCGGAAGAGGUAGACGGAAGCAAAAUAGCCACAGAUAUCCAGCAGGGACAGCAACUGCUACAGCGUCUACAAAUCGUGCAGCUACGACACGACGACGUCGACGAUAUUCCCCAGGAAGCUGCCAAAGUGGUGAGCGGUAGGGAAGAGGUUGGGUUUGAAGACCAGAGGCCCAGUGAAGAGGGUGCGACCGGUAAAGAAGAGAAGGAAGAGAGCAACAUUGAUGCUUCUAAGGAAGAGGAAGCAAUGACAAACCAGUCCGGAAAUGCAAAAAGUGAAAGGUUUGAGGCUGAACAUGUUACAAAAGGGAGGACUUCUUCUCACACAACGCCAGGGGAGCCAGAGCAGCCAGGGCAUGAGCAGAUUACUAGCAAAGAACCAAGUGACCCUGAAGAUGAUCAGAGUGACUCAGAUUUGCUUCAUAUUGACGCUCAUGAAAAGUCCUGUGUUGAAAUUCCCGCCAAAACUGCUGGACACACGUUCUCAGCUGCUGAGACUUCAGUGGAGAAUCAGAACUUGCAGCGGGCUGAGGGCGUUUUCAACCUUGCAGAUAAUCCAGAUGUGCUGGAGAUCCCCUUUAAGACAAAUAUCUCUCUGGAGUCCCUCCUUACCAAGGCUUGCACCAGUCAGAACAGUCAAUGGCAGUUCUCUGAAAAGAAGAUGAAGAAAGACAUAAGUCAGGAUAUCCAGAAAGAGCUGGUGCUGGUCAACCAGGGUCGGAUCCCUGGAGCCUACCAUAAAGGAGAAGUCCGGCAGCUAAACGAGACAAAACUACUGUUUGAAGCUUUCCAUCAGGAUAACACGGGGGGUCCGACGAGGAACCGGAAACCACGUAUGUCACUGACGGCAGCGAAUGUGUUCCCCUCUGUUCUGGAGCGCACGCGUAGCCUCGAGAUGUUCUGCCAAAAAAGCUUUCCUGUUUCCAGGGCUCAUUCUCUUAGGGUGUACGACUAUGGAGUCUCCGAGAGGGACAAAAGUCCUGAAAACGUCAGAUCGAGGAGUCCCAAUGGAGCUUAUCAGGACAAAACGCGUUUAGCACCUUACCCUAAACAGGACAAGAACCUGCGACUGCACCGAAGUAUGGACUCCAUAUGCAAUGAAGCCUCUGCGUCAUCGGGGGACACUAAGGGCAGAAUGAGGGAGGGCACUGCCGGACAGGAAUCCGCCAUGCUCAAACACAACCCCUUCUUCAAGUUGCGUCCAGCCCUGGCUCUGCAGCCGGAGGUGGAGAAGGACAUCCGUGAAGCCAGGGAAAGAGAAGAAGAACUGCGGAGACAGAGGUGCUCUCUGUAUGGAGAGCACAGGCAGAACAGUGAAGACGAAGAGAAGUCUCAGAGUUUAGAGACACUCAUAUCAGAUGUCAGGCAAAAGUCACGAGGGAAACUGGAACGGGUUUGGCCACCACCCUCAACAAAAGACCAGAAGAAACCUGGGAACACGCAGCAGGAGCCAAAGGUCCCCGUGGGCGGAGGUCAGACGGCGUCUCUGUGGCAGCGCUGGGAGUCCGGUCUGGUCAACAAGUCCACGUCAACUGAGAAGAAGUGAUGUGAGCCGUUCUGGGUCUCCAACACGGAAACACAACGCUAAUUACUGUAUCUCGAUGCCAGAAACAUAGUUCAAGUAGACGCGCACAAAAGCAAUUAUGUUUCUGGCUCCAGCUUUAACACUUUAUGGUUAUUCUCUCUGUUUUGUAUCUGUGUAAAAUAUGCUCCUUUUUUCAUAACUUAUAAAUCAGUUUUUAUUCAGUAGGUAAAUAAAGCAAGUAUAACAUCAAUGAUUCUCUCAGUUAAAUGAGAAAUGUAACCUGCAGCGUUCCUUGAUGAAUAAGAAGUAUUUGUUUUUGACGCAGACUUCAACAAAUUGGAAAAUACACCAAUGCCAGUUAUGAAAAUAUA